AUGCUUUUUUGGCAACGACCUAUAACACUCGGUCACGAGAUCGCUGGCAAGAUUGUUACGCUCGGACCAGAUGUGACCGAGUUCAGCAUUGGUGAAAGGGUUGUUUCUGGCCUUGGCGUGGACCAUCCUCUCACAUUUCAAGAUGUGACCACCUCCCCCGGAAUUGGUUAUGAUGGUGGAUAUGCAGAAUACGCUGUCUUCAAUGUCCCGAAAAUGUUGCGGAUUCCUGACAGCGUGACUUUCGCUCAAGCCGCCGUGGCUACUGACGCCAUCGCCACUGCCUAUCAUGCAGUUGUGGUGGAAGGUCGUGUUUCUUCGUCUUCCACCGUUGCUAUAAUCGGCCUCGGUGGGCUUGGCCUCUCGGCUGUUAGCCUUGCACGUCUCAUGGGAGCAAAUGUGUACGGGUUUGAUAUCGACCCCAAGAAAUAUGUCUCCGCUCUACAAGCUGGAGCGUUAACGUGCGCUAAAAGCCUGGACAAGUUUUCGGGAAUUCGCUUCGAUGUGGUGGUGGAUUUUGCCGGUGCAGGCGUUACUACCUCUGCAGCCGUGAAGGCCGUGAAGUCUGGUGGGCGAAUUAUCCUUGUUGGCCUUGCGGCCAAAGAGGCUACGCUAUCUACCUAUGAUUUUGUUGCCCAAGGUGCCCAUUUGAUAGGAUCUGCUGGUUCGUCUGUAGAGGAAGUUAGGAAAGUGCUUGAGCUUAUCGCAGCGGGAAAGAUUGAUCCACUCAUUGAGGAAAUCCCUUUCGCCGACAUUCCGAAGGGGCUCGACAGGCUAUCUCACGGUGGCGCACUGGGAAGGUUAUAUGCUGACCCGAGCAAGGCUUGA